AAAAGUUGAUGGUUGGUCCAAGAGGAAACUACAAAGCAAAGCCUUGCGUGUACUCAGAUUUUCCACAACCAUGAAAUUACAUUGCAGAUUGAACUGAAUUUCGAUUCUGUGUUCUUUGUUAUAAGGGUUCUUUCCAUUUCUCUAUUGCUAGAAGGAUGAGCUAAACUUGGUGAGAGGCAAAAGAGACAAGAGGGGUUUUGUGUUGAUCAUUUGAGUUUCCUUCUUGGUCAAAUCUUCAUUUGGGUUCUUGAGUUUUGAGGUUCUAUUUGUUUAACUUUAUCCUUGUUUGAUCAGGUUUCUUGUAUGUUUCACAAGUGCAGAAAGACUUGUAAAUCUUCAUUUGACAGUUUUAAUUUAAGAGAGAAACAGUGAAAGUUUUGUGACUCAAGUAAGAGUUUCAAUUUAUGUCCAUUUGAGAGUUUUGGUUUUGUUAUUGUUUCUUGUGUUAUGUUGAUGUUUUUGUUCUUCAUAUUCUUUGUUGCUGUCAUUCCAGAUGGUGACUGAGAAAAGCUUUACCUUUCAGUUCCUUAUUGUUUCUUUUUUUCGUUCUUUUGGACAGUAUAGUUUCUUCUUUAAGGAUUUCUGAUCCAGAGUACUAUAUUGCUUUUGCCAAUAGUACCUAUAUCCCUUUUCAGUAGUUCAUCUAAAAAAGGAUCUUUGAUUGGAUUGGUUUUUUAUUUUUACUCCCUUACUUUUUUUUACUUUCUGUGGCCCAAAUAAGCUGGUUUGACUUGUAGAGUUCUAACUUGUAUUUGUCAAUUUGCAAACACUGAGUAGAGGUUUCUGCUUCUGUAGUUAAAUCCAGCUCUUUGUUGCAAUUGUAGUCUCCUCAAUCUGGUCUAAAUUUUAUUGCUCGAAAUAAGUCUAGUUGUGGGUUCAGCAAAAUCUUGAUUUAGAAGUCGGUAAGGCUUUGCGUUGAGUUUGUUUUGGGGAAGUGUUUGAGGUUUACAUAAAUACAAUCUUUCUGUUUACUUUCUUCUUUGAUAUGGCUGGUUAUCAGUCCAUGAUGCCCAACCAUGAAGGUGAACAACAUUUGCUCGCUGCUGCUCACCAUGUUGUGAAGGCGUUACGGGCAGCGAAGAAUUUGAGUGAUGAUAUGAGAAAAGUCCUUGGUGAUCUUGAUGGACACUUGUCCAAGAUGACUGGAAACACUGAAAGCAGGGGAGGGGAAUUUGUUGAAAUUGAGGAACGGUUCAAACGUGCUGAGAAUAGGAUCUUGUGUUGGGAGUCAAAUCACACAAUGAUAUGGGAUACUGGCACUGAGGAAGUUUCUGACUAUAUAGGGGCUGUUAAGGAAAUUCAAACAUUGAUAGAAAGUUUAAGAAGAUUGUCUGUGAAAGGAAACGGGAAGCAGAAAGAAAUACUUUCCCGAGCUGAUAGUGCACUGCAGAUGACAAUGUUGAGGCUUGAGGAACAGCUGAUCCACAUCCUCGUUCAGCAUAAACAAUACUUUGAGCCGGAAUAUGUGUCUUUUCAUUCUUAUCAAGAUGUUGUUUAUGAUGAGUCAUAUGUUUCAGUUGAGGAUGAAUCAAGUGAUGAAUCUUCCCGGAGGGUUAACAGUGGCAGGGUAUCUGGAGAAUAUAUUGUAGACUUGAUCAAACCUCAUGUAAUUCCUGAUAUCAAGACCAUUGUAAAUGUAAUGUUUGGGGCUAACUAUGAUCAGGAAUUCUGCGAGGCUUACGUUGGUGUCAGGAAAGAUGCAUUGACUGAAUACUUUGUCAUUCUUGAACUGGAGAAGAUUAGCAUUGAAGAUGUGCUGAAAAUGAAUUGGCGUACCUUGAGUAGUGAGAUCAAGAAAUGGAACUGGGCCAUGAAGAUCAUUAUUCGGGUCUAUCUGGCUAGUGAGAAAAAUUUAUGCAACAAGAUCUUGGGAGAGUAUGGAACUAUUAGCUCGUUUUGCUUUGUCGAGAUUGCAAAGGCAUCCUUAAUUUGCCUAUUGAAUUUUGGGGAAGCUGUAGCAAUGAGUUCUGUUCAGCCAGAAAAAUUGUUUCGCUUGCUGGACAUGUAUGAGGUUCUGGAGGAUCUUCUCUCGGACAUAGAUGGUUUAUUAUAUGAAGAGGCUGGUUCUUAUAUUAGGAUUGAGUUCCAUGAGCUUUUAAGGAAACUGGGCUAUUCUGCAAAGGCUACAUUUUCAGAACUUCAGAUUGCCAUAGCUUCCAACACAUCGAUAAAACCUUUCCCUAAAGGUGGGAUUCACCCUCUCACAAGGUAUGUUAUGAACUACAUCAAGACCCUCACCUUGUAUGAUGAAUCCCUUAACUUGCUUCUUUUGGACCAAGAUUCGGAUCAUUCAAAUCCAGUUCUUGAGACAGCAAAUGAGCAAGACGCUUCUUCAGUAACUUUUUGUCCUUUAGCUUGUCAUCUUCGGUCAGUUACAUCCGCUCUUCAAUGCAACCUUUUUGACAAAUCCAAAUUAUACAAAGAGGAGGGUCUACGGCAUAUCUUUCUUAUGAAUAACAUCCAUUACAUGGUCGACAAGGUUAAGGGUUCCGACCUCAGGCUUUUCUUUGGUGACGAAUGGAUCCGAAAGCAUAAUGGGAAAUUUCAGCAGCAUGCAAAAAGCUAUGAGAGAGCCACAUGGAGUUCAGUCCUUUCUUUUAUCAGGGAUUGCCCACAUUCAAAUACCUUCUUUAAGGCAACUCCUAAAGAAAGGUGCAGGGGAUUCAAUCUUGCCUUUGAGGAGGUUUACAAAAGCCAAACACAAUGGUCUAUCCCAGAUUCUCAGCUUAAGGAAGAUCUACGAAUCUCAAGCUCGCUGAAAGUGAUCCAUGCAUAUAGAACUUUUCUGGGGAGAAACCAUAUCAGCGACAAGUACAUCAAGUACUCUGUAGAUGAUUUGGAGUCAUUGCUCUUGGAUCUUUUUGUAGGAUCACCAAGAUCAUUGCACAGUUCGCAAAAGAGAUAACGAUUCAACAACUUCGUUUUUUACUCAUUAUCUUCUGUUUCUUAUUGCUGUUGCGCGUUUCGCGAUGAUUGCCAUAGAUGUACAUGUAAUUAUAAUUUAUAUGUUUGUACUCAGAAUGUUCAACAGUUCAAGUAGAGCUUGGCUGUAGUUUUGUUUAAUUAGCAAGUUUUUCUUCCUGUAACAUCACUUACUUUCUUUGUCUUUAGUUUUUUCCUUGGCUUGGAAUAAAAUGCUCAAUACUUUCAA